AUGGUGUCAAAUAGAUGGAGCCUGGAAAGAGUCAGAGACUCGAGCGGGACUUGGGUGACGGAACUGAAAGCGUUGGUGUGGGCCAUGCAAAUCAUGUUGGUCUACAAUAAACGGCGAAUGCAGUUUCAAACUGACUGCACUGAACUGGUGAAGAUGGUGUCUACACCGACAGCGUGGCCGGCGUUCGAAACACUGCUUGAAGAGGUGGAGAAGUGCAAGAGGCGGUUUGAGGCUUUCUCCAUAAUCCACAUACCGAGGACAACAAACACGAAGGCAGACAAGCUAGCACGGAGUGCUCGAGAUCAGCCUUAUGACGUGUAUUAUGUAAACUCAAUUCCACCAACAUCGCUCCCUGAGCUGAUUUAG